UCUUCAAUCAGGGAAUUUCGAAACCCUAGUCGUCGUAGUCGAUUUCGAGAUCCAACCAAGCCUGCUUAUCUCUCUGGUAAAUUUCUCGCUCCUUGGUGAUUUAACCUUGUCAAUCUAUCUCUCUGAAUAGUGCUUUCUCUGAUGAUGUUUGAUUUCCGUUCUAAAUUUUCUUUUUAGAAGAAGAGUCGUGUUGAAUUGAAUGAUGAAGAAGGCUACGAAGAAGGAGGCUGUGGCUCUAACAUCGGUCGUUUGGGACAUCAAUAAGUGUCCGGUUCCCGAUGACUGUGAUCCUCGUGUGGUACGUCCGAGUAUUAAACGGCUUUUGGAGAAUUAUGGCUACCGUGGUCCUCUCACCGUCACUGCCUUUGGCAAACUAGCGGACGUCCCUGUUAACAUCCUGAGAGCAGUCUUUUCCAGCGGAAUCUCUCUUACCAACGUCGACCCCGAAGGUCCCUCAUACAUUAAGAAUCUACUUGGUUUUCCCGAGAAAGCUGGAGCUAAUUUUAUGGUCAUAUCCGAUCGGAAAGCCUGCCCUGGUUUAUCCAAGGAACUACAAGACUCGGGCUGCAACCCUCUCCAGCCGUUUCCAUUACAGUCUCUUGAAACCUUACUUAUGGAAGAUUCAGGGGAUCUUGUGUCUGACACGGUUGAACCUGCCUUGUGGGAUUGCUUUGUAUGCGCCCGUGAUCCUCCUGGCCAAACCUUUAACAAUCUGAUCACACAUCUAUCUAGUGAUGAACAUCUUGAGCUGCUGUUUACUAGGAAGACUGUGGACUGGGAAGCUGUUAAGUCGUUGUGUCCCACAUUUGUCUUUUGGGACAUCAACUCGUGUCCGGUUCCCCCUGGCUUUGAUGCUAGUCUGGUUGGUCCGUGCAUCAAACGGUUCUUGAAGAACGAAGGCUGCUCUGGUCCUCUCACCAUCGUUGCCAUUGGCGAACUGACAGACAUCCCUAAUGACAUCCUGAGAAAAGUCUAUUCCAGCGGAAUCAAUCUUCAUAACGUGCCCUACGGUCCCUCAGGCGCUUAUAAGGUCAUUUUUGAUCCUUCCCCGAUCAGGACUGGACCUCUACGUAAUAUAUUGCUCAUAUCCAGUGCCAGAAUCUUCGCUUGGAAGCCUGACUCUCUACAAACAGAAUGCAAUUUUCUGGAACCGUAUCCAUGUGAUUCUCUUCAGACCUUUUGUCUGGCAGACUCAGCAGAACUCGAGGAGUAUAAGUGCCGUGACGGCUUCUGCAUUUGCUCAGUAUGCAACCACAGUUUUAUUUGGGAAGGCAUUGAAAGUUUCUCCAGACAUCUCUCUGGUACAAACCAUCAACAGAAGCUGUUGGAGCUCUUGCCCGUAACUAAUCAACUUCUAAGAUGGAAUGCACCCCUCUCUGAGCCUUUUGAGGAAAACCUGGAGUUUGUUACAGCAGUCUUUUGGGACAUCAAGACGUGCCCGGUUCCACCUGGCUGUGAUCCUCGUCAGGUUGGUCCGUGUAUUAAACAGUUUUUGGAGAAUAAAGGCUACUCUGGUCCUCUCACCAUCACUGCCAUUGGCGUACUAACAGACCUCCCUAAUGACAUCCUGAGAGGAGUCUAUUCCAGUGGAAUCGCUCUUAAUACCAUCCCGUACAGGACAGGGUUUUCGGGCACCAUAGAUAAUCUUAUUUGUCAGUUUACCUGUAUGUAUCCACCUCCCGCUAAUAUAAUGGUUAUAUCCAAUGCAAAAGGCUUCAAUUCUGAACAUGUUUUGUGGCAACAACCGAUGGGAUACAUCAUUAUUGAGCCGGUUCCAUUUGAUUCUCUCGAAAGCUUUUUUCUGUCAGAUUCAGGGGAAGUUGAAGAGGAUAAGUGCAGUGAAUCUGCCUACUGGAGUUGCUCGGUAUGCGAUGAUGAUCUUUUUGGCCAAGGCUUUGAUAAUUUCACCAGUCAUGUUACUAGUAGGCGACAUCAACGGCAGUUGUUGGACUGGUUGCCUGUGGAUGCUCGGUUUCGUUUUACGGAGAAUGCUCUUGACCAAGUGCAGCAUAUGAUGUAUGGAUUUGGCGAUGAGCAAAACCCUCUUCCAGAGACUGUGGCGCUUGUAGAAGACAUUGUUGUGGAAUACGUCACAGAUUUGACACAUAAGGCUCAAGAAAUUGGUUCAAAGCGAGGAAGACUUCUUGUUGAUGAUUUCUUGUAUCUUAUCCGCAAGGAUUUGCCAAAAUUGAACCGGUGUAGAGAACUAUUGGCGAUGCAAGAAGAGCUGAAACAAGCACGCAAAGCUUUUGAUGUGGAUGAGAAGGAACUAGUUGAUUGACCUUUCUUUAUUUUCAAGACUGUAUAAUACAAGUGUUUUUUUAAG